AUGGUCUUAGUCGGUCUUCUCCCCAUCCUCGCCUUCGCAGGUACGAUCCAAGCUGCCGCGAUCCCCGUCGACUCAACCCCACCAGCUUCACCCGCUCUAUCCCUCCCUGCCGGUGGGGGUUCAGCAACUUUCUCGCCCGUUCCCACUUUCUCACCUCAAUUGGGUGUUCCAUCACCCACCUUUCCCAAUGCGCCUUCAUUCGAUAACACCCCCGAUGCUCACCAGAACACUUCUGGAGGUGGGAGAUAUACCCAGGAUGGCUCACAGGGUGGACUUCGAUCAGGUACAGGUGUAGGUAGAGGUAAGGGAAUGACCAAUGCCGAAAGGAUGAGAAGGGGUCUGGGUAUCUUACCUCCUACUAGACGAAUGACUGGAAAACCCUCAAGGAGAAGUGGAAUCCCGAAUGGUUCUCCUCAAGUGGACGCUGCUCAAUUCCAAUCUCCAAUCAUGGAUGGAGAUGUAGUGACUACUCCAACUGAUGGGAGUGUCGCUGAGACUUCUUUACCUGAUAAUAACAAUCAAAAUCAAGGUCCAGAUCAAGCCACUACCGACACCAACACCAACACCGAUGACAACUCUAAUGAUGCAACAAAUGAUCAAGAUCAGUCCCAACCUUCAGACAUCAAUCAAAGUAAUAACGACACGACCAAUAAUGAUAACGAUAAUGAUCAGACGGCUGAUAUCAACAAUGGAAGGGUAUUGGCGUCCAAGAAAUACGCUAUGAGAAUGACCAACCCUGAAGACGGGAGUGAUAUGGGGUUGAUCACUGGACCUCAAGGGGAUGAUAAUCCAUUAAUCGGUUAUUCCCCUUCCCCUUCCGAUCCACUCCAGAUGACCAUGCUCAACAACCCUUCCUCCAACAGUCCAUUCUCCAUCGUGCCCAACACCGAUUCACCAGGCGACGACUCGACUUUCAAAGGUCCUCGAAAGCUCUUGGCUGCAGUACCUCAUCGAACGUCCACUGAUCCAGGGUCGGGAGAUCUGAGGCCUGGGAAUGGGAAUUAUGCACCUUUGGGUAUGGGAUGGAAAGACGGAUCAGGUCUGCUCCACAUCAAUAUCCAAGCUUUGAUUAACCAUCCUUCAUCAUCUAUACCUGGCUCAUCCUUACCGCUUCCCGGAAGUGACUAUCCAACGUCCGACCUUCCAGUAGAUCCCUCAACGGUGUUCGGAGCACCCAAACAGCUUUUAUCCAGACCUGGGGGAUCGGUCUUACCCUCCACCGACAGCCUUCCGGUCGAUACCUCAAACUUACCUGUAGGAUCUUCUUCAGAUCCUACUUCCCUGAUGCAUGGGACCGUCUCCAACCUUCCUUUGGGAGGUGGAUCGUUCGGUGAUCCGCAAGAUACGUUAUGGACAUUUGAGAAAGGGUCGAAUAAGCUUUUGGCACAGUAUGUCAAUUCGGAUGGAAGCACCGUCCCAACAUAUCUCGUGACUGGUGGUGACUGUUCACAUACCAUCUGUCUAACGGCCGAUGUGAAUGCUUUCAAGGAUGCUCAAGGAGAUGGAGCUCAUGAAGUGCAUGUUUUGGCCGAGGCGCUUGCUGAUCUCUAA